CAGUUUAAAAAACAGAACAGCCAUUCUCUCUCAGCUACGGAGCAAAACCUCAAUGGGGAAAGAAAGAAAGAGGCAAGAGGAAGUGACAACACAUGUCUCACAAGUUUUUGAGAUAGAAAGUGCCAGAAACCAAGGGCGUAGCCUGUAAAUCGCUUGACGGAUUUUGGAACCACAACCAUAGAAGAAUGGCAGCGUGGGACCUGUCAAUCACUGUAGAGGAACUGGGACCAGAGGCCCCGCCUCUUAAAAUCAGUGUCACCUCAGAUCUGCAUAUUGGCGGAGUCAUCCUCAAAGUUGUGGAAAAGUCACAAUUAAAGAAGGAUUGGUCCGAUCAUGCUCUGUGGUGGGAACAGAAGCAGCAGUGGUUGUUGAAGCCGUCCUGGACGCUGGAUAAAUGUGGGAUUCAUGCAGAUGCCCGACUCUGCCUCACGCCCCAGCACAAGCCCCUGCGGCUGGGUUUGCCCAAUGGCACCACGCUACGGCUGAGAGCCUGCUUCUCCAGCCCUGUGUUCCGUACUGUCAUGGGCAUCUGCAAACUUCUGAAUAUUCGCCAUCCAGAGGAACUAUCCCUCCUUUGGCCAGUGGAAGCGAAGAAGAAAAAGAAAGAUAAAGGUGUUGAGGAAGAGGUGUAUGACAUCACAUGCGCACCACUUCCUUCAAGCACAAUCCUGAAGCUUGGCAGUGGCAUGCCUGCUUUCUUUGCUGAGUCACCUGAAUCUGAGGCUGUGUACAAGACGCUGUCCGUCAGUCAGCCUGUACCAGCACCAGAAAACAUUGCGAAGAUGUACAGGUCGACAACUAUAGUGGAGAAAGCACAAGUUAACAGCAGGUGGUUGGACUCGUCCCGUUCACUUCUGAAACAAGGGAUCAAAGAAAAUGACAAACUCCUUCUGCGCUUCAAAUACUACACCUUUCAUGACAUCAUACCACAGAGUGACGCGGUGCGUCUGACACAGCUGUACGAGCAGGCGAGAUGGGCCAUUCUGCUGGAGGAGAUUGAAUGCACAGAGGAGGAGAUGAUGGUCUUUGCUGCUUUACAGUACCACAUUGGGAAAGUGUCGCUGACGGAGCAGUUUGUGGAUUCAUGUCCUGCUAUGGAAGAUUUAGAUUUGGCUCUUCAGUGUCUGGAGGUGAAGAUGGAUGGAGAGAGCAGUGCUGAUGACAUGCUGCAAACAAUGACAGCACCAGAACUACACGACUACCUGAAAAUAUUCAGGCCAAAGAGGCUCACCCUGAAAGGAUAUAAACAAUUCUGGUUUACUUUUAAGGAUACAACCCUCUCCUACUACAAGAGUAAAGAGGAGAGCUGUAAAGAGCCGAUUCAACAGAUUAACCUUAAAGGUUGUGAAGUAGCCCCUGAUGUGAGUGUUGCCGAGCAGAAGUUUUGUAUCAGGCUGCUGAUCCCGGGACCGGAGGGAAUGAAUGAGGCCUACCUGCGCUGUGAGCAGGAACAGCAGUACAGCCAAUGGAUGGCAGCAUGUCGCUUGGCCUCGAAAGGCAAGACUUUAGUAGACAGCUCAUUCUCCAAUGAGGUGCAGAGUAUCCAAUCAUUCCUGGCCAUGCAGAAAACCUCACCUUGUAAUAAAACAGCUCAGACUGAUGACAGCAUUAAUACACACAGUCUUGUCUCUCCACGAUACCAGAAGAAGUACAAACCCAAGCAGCUCACAACGAGGAUCCUGGAAGCCUAUCAGAAUGUAGCUCAGCUCUCAUUAACAGAUGCUAUUCAGAGGUUUCUUCAGAUCUGGCAGGCUCUGCCUGAUUUUGGGCUCUCCUAUAUUGUGGUCAGGUUUAAGGGUUGCCGCAAGGAUGAGGUGCUUGGCAUCGCCAAUAAUCGUUUAAUCCGAAUUGACCUGGGUGUGGGAGACGUAGUGAAAACCUGGAGAUAUAACACCAUGAGGCAAUGGAAUGUCAACUGGGACAUCAAACAGGUUGCCAUUGAGUUUGAUGGGAACAUAAAUAUCGCCUUUAGCUGUGUGACAGCAGAUUGUAAGAUUGUCCAUGAGUACAUCGGCGGGUACAUCUUCAUGUCCACAAGAAGUCGAGACCAGAGUGACACCCUGAAUGAAGAGCUGUUCCACAAACUGACAGGAGGCCAUGAAGCUUUGUGAGAAGAAAGAAAGUUUGUACACUUAUGGACUGCCCCAAAAAUUAGAUCUGCUAAACAGAGAGAGAGAGAGAGAGAGAGAGAGAGAGAGAGAGAGAGAGAGAGAAAAAUGGUAAUUAAAGUCUAUGUGAAAUAGUUGAAUGAAUGGAAUUUUCCUUCCUGUGUUGACGUAUUUCUAUUGAAGGAGGUUGUGCAUUAUAUUUUGAAUGGAUUUUCCUUUUUUUAUACAGCCAGUAAUGUUCAGUCACAGUGCAGCAAAACCAUGAUUUGCUCCUUGUUAUUGCUUCUAAGCAUUUUAGUGGACAAAAAUGUGUAUACUCCCCUACAUACAAGAUGAACAAUAUUUUUAGUCCUUUUUUGCCAGAAAAGAAAGACUGUAAAUUUUGAAUGUGUAUAUCUGCAAAUUAGUUUUUUGUUUUUGUUUAUUUUUCAACUUGAAUGAGUACACUAGCUUAAAGAUGGCAUAAAAGCUAACAUACAUGAACUAAAAGCAGAAAAAUCUGGAUUUCAUGGGGUCUUUAAUAACCUAGAAAGUGUCAAAACACAUUAAGAUAUGACCAGCUGACUUUCAUGUGCUUCAUCUGAAAAACAACACUAUUGUGUCUUGUGUCAGGAUUGUAAGACUUUUAAAUGCUGAGGUUUUUAAAUCUGUGAUAUUCAGCAGUGUGUGGAAUGUCUCUUUCUUUCUCUUUAGCUUUAAUAGUUCUCAUUUUAGGUUAUUUUCAGUGUUAACACCAACACAAAUACAUUUAUAAUCCCCCCACCCCAUCUUGUAGUUAUUAAAUUUCACUUUCAAA